AUGGAAAAACAAAACAAACCCAAUUCACAACAAUGGAGACCCGACCCAUUUCACUCCAACAACAACAACACCAUCAUGAAACAACCCGAAACACCUCGUGACCCAAUGGAAUUCCUGUCUCGUUCAUGGAGUGCUUCCGCCAUGGAAGUCUCCAAAGCUCUCUCACCAGCUCAACUCCCUCCCUCAAACAAACUCUCAAACGGUUCUUCAAAUGCUGCUAUACUAGAAGAUUUUGCCGGCGAAAUUGAUGAGUCUAAUGUUACUUUUUCUGGCAACCCUUUUUCUUUUGCUUCCUCAGAAACCUCUCAAAUGGUUUUAGAUCGCAUCAUGUCACACUCACAAGAGGUAUCUCCAAGAACCUCAGGAAGAUUAUCACAUAGCAGUGGACCUUUGAAUGGAUCUCUAACAGAUAGCCCACCAGUUUCACCUUCUGAAAUGGAUGAUUUCAAGUAUAACCGUUCGAGCAACAACCACAACAAUAAUAGCAUCAUUGCCAGCUUGAAUAAUCAAUACAGAGUUUCCGGCACCGGCGGCGGUGGAGGUGGCGGCGGAAAGACGGUGGGGAGGUGGUUGAAGGAGAGGAAGGAGAAGAAAAAGGAAGAAACUAGGGCCCACAAUGCUCAACUUCAUGCGGCGGUUUCGGUUGCUGGUGUUGCAGCGGCUGUUGCUGCCAUCGCUGCCGCAACGGCUGCCUCGUCGGGAGCAAGGAAAGACGAACACAUGGCGAAGACAGACAUGGCGGUUGCGUCGGCUGCGACGCUUGUGGCGGCUCAGUGUGUUGAAGCUGCCGAGGCUAUGGGGGCUGAACGCGAUCAUCUUGCCUCGGUGGUUAGCUCCGCCGUGAACGUGAGGUCUGCCGGUGAUAUCAUGACGUUGACGGCUGCUGCGGCAACGGCUUUGCGUGGGGCUGCAACAUUGAAAGCAAGGGCCCUUAAAGAAGUUUGGAAUAUCGCAGCUGUAAUUCCUGUCGAAAAGAAUUUGUUAGGUAAUGGAAAUGGAAAUGUUAAUGGCGGUGGGGGCAGUGGCAGUAAUGGCAGCUCCAAUAGUAGCUUCAGCGGUGAACUUGCACCUGAAGAUAACUUCUUAGGCAUUUGCAGUAGAGAGUUGCUAGCCAGAGGUUGCGAGCUUCUCAAACGCACACGCACAGGUGAACUCCAUUGGAAAAUUGUGUCAGUUUAUAUAAACAGAACAAACCAGGUUAUGCUCAAGAUGAAGAGUAGACAUGUUGCUGGGACCAUCACAAAAAAGAAAAAGAAUGUUGUACUCGGAGUUAUCAAAGAUAUGCCAGCUUGGUCGGGGCGUCAUUUGCUAGAAGGAGGCGAGAAUCGUCGAUACUUUGGUUUGAAAACGAUAAUGCGCGGAAUUGUCGAGUUUGAGUGCCGAAAUCAAAGAGAAUAUGAUGUGUGGACACAAGGUGUUUCAAGGCUUCUAUCAAUAUCUGCUGAAAGGAACAACAAAAACAGAACAUGUUAA